AUGCAGGUUGGAAAAGUGCACGCUUUUGAUCGAGACACAGAUGGAAAGAAUAACAGAGUGCGCUAUCACAUCAGUGAUGAGAGCAACUCCGGGCUUGAAGGAUAUCGAACCAGUCGAUUGUUUACAAUCACCCCUUCCGGUGAAAUUUACACUAAUUCAGUUCCAAUCGAUCGGGAACAGGUGCCAAUGCUAACUUUCUCUGUUGUUGCCACGGAUAGUGGAGAGCCGUCCUUGUCGGCAUUUGCAACCGUUGUCAUUCGCGUGGAGGACAUUAACGACAACGGACCUCAGUGGCUAUUCCCCCCACCUGGCCCACAAGCUGCUAGCAUCAAUAUCUCCGCUCAUUCUACAAUCGGAAUGGUGAUUGCAAGACUGGAAGCCGUGGAUCCUGAUGUAGGAACUAAUGGCCAGGUUGAAUACGAGAUAAUCCGCGGAAAUAGUCAGAAGUAUUUUGAUUUAGACAGUCUCUCGGGUACCUUGUAUCUAGCAAAACAAUUCGAUAUAAAUCCUGAUAGAAACGGAACAAAUGAACAAAACACUCCCACUUCUUUUGCGUUAUCUCUAAAGGCUUCUGAUAAUGGAGAGCCACAGAAGAGCAACACCUCUCUUCUUCGAAUAAUUGUCCAAACUGACGAUAUAUCACCGGCAGAUAGCCCGCCUUAUGAUAGUGGUCGAAUGGGUGGAAAGAAUCAACAUCUUACAAAUGGACAUUACAAACAGCGAAAUAGUUUCGUCGAUCGAGAUCUUCUUGUGAUGGUCGUAAUGAUUAUUAUCAUACUCCUUGUAUCAAUUAUUUUCAUAAUUGCCAUUGUGAUGCUUCGAUGCAGACAGAUCCAUUCAACAAGGGAGAAUGGAGUAGAAGGACAGAGCGAUAUGAGGGCUGGUGGAGGAGUUGGAAUAGUCCGAGUUGCUCAGGUAAAACCGCAUGCCUGGAUCCCACCACCGUCACAGGAUUCGAGCGCAAAAUCAGGAUUUACGAUGGAAUCAUCAAAGUCCAGUACAGGAGUUUUCGACGGACAAUCCCAUUACAUGACUGCAACCGGUAGGAUAUUUCAACAUAAACCAGUGCAUUUACCAAUGUGCGUUUAUGACAAAAUGAUUUAUUUUCCGUUUUGCAAAGGUCACAUUAUAGCAGCUGAUUCAACACUGAAAUCAACCGAUGGAAAUUUCGGUCGAUUCUCUCCAGCCCUGAUUGUCUCCCAUCAUCCAUCCUUAUCAACAACAACCUUCCAGAGAGCCAAUCAAAGCACCGAUCCCAGCCCAACAGGUCAAAUAGUCUACACAUCUAAAACUCUCCCUGAGAACUCAAGCCCUCGUUAUAUCAGGCAAAUGUGCUCAACUCUUCCAAAUAAUGCUACGGCUGUUACCACCGUAAGCAGUAAAAAUGUGGCAGACACUCCCGGAAGAUGUUAUAUGACCCUUAACCCUGAACUCUACGAGAUUGAUUACCCUUAUGGUCAACUGAAAUAUCAUACAGGAGUUUACCACCAUUCUCCUAAACAAACUCACUCACCUGGAGGUGGAUGUGCAACCCUUGUUAAGAGCACUCCAAAUAUCGUCGAUCUUGAAUCCCCACCACAAGUGACAGCUUUCAAUGACAAUGUGGAAAUGCCAAGAGAUGAAAUACAAAAACGAUGUCGAUUCAAAAUCGAUCAGUCCAGCAGUCGGAUGACUCCUGUUCUCGGUAAUUUUGACACUUCCGAGAGUACUGAAGAGACUGUGGAUGGAGUUGAAGUGGCAGUGGACUCGUUACAAAUGAAACGUCUGCGCAAUGCCAGCAGAAAUUCUGGUGGAAUUGGAGAUGAUACGUUUCUGGUGGAUAUCCACUGA